AUGUGUUUAAAAUGCUGUAAUUUAAUGUUCAUGCUUGAAAGUCCUUACUAUCUAGUCAUGAAAGACAAAAACAAAGAAGCAGAGAAGAGUUUACAGUUGUUCAGACAAAACAGAGAUGUUUCUAGUGAACUAAGUAGGGUUUCAGAAGUUGUGAAAGAAGAUCAAGCCCAGUCGGGUCAUUUCUAUGAGCUUUUUACAGUUCCUUCUAACAGAAGAGCUGCUAUUAUUGUUUUUGGACUUAGGACUUUCCAGCAAUUCAGCGGUACUACUGUGAUAACCUUCUAUGCUCAGAGUAUUUUUAGAGAAGCUAGUGGAGAUAUUUCUGCCAGUACUGCCUCAAUGAUUUACUUCACCUUGCAACUAAUUUGUGCAAUGACCUCAUCGUUUUUAGUAGAUAAAGUUGGUAGGAAACCUCUCCUGGUUAUAUCCAUUAUUGGAUCAGGUGUAGCACUUUCUUUGGAAGGCACAUACUUUUUCCUUAGCAACAAUACCACAGUAGAUGUGUCAAAUCUCAAAAUUAUACCUUUAGUAGCUUUAUUGGGUUAUGUAGUGAUAUUUAACAUCGGUAUGGGUGUGAUUCCUGUACUGUUUCUUGGAGAAAUGUUCUCAACGAAUGUCAAAGCUCUUGCUCUAUGUCUAGCAGACAUAUGGUUUGGUAUUCUGGUUACAGCAGCUUCUAAAUUCUUCCAGGUAAUGCAGGAUGGAUUCGGUAUUUCAGUACCAUUCUUUACUUUCGCUAUCUGUUGUGCCUUAGGCUUAGUUUUUAUAUUCUUUGUCGUGCCUGAGACCAAAGGCAAAACUUUGGAGGACAUCCAGGAGGAACUGAAAGGCAAAAAAGAAAAAGAAAUAACGGAGAAGAACCCUGUGUAAUAUUCUAUAAGUUUUUAGGUUUAAGUUUAAAGAGUAAAACGCUUAUAUAUUUUUAUACUGUUUUUUUAUAACUUUAUAACUCAAAUAUUGUACUGUUUUGAAAAAUUAUAGCAAGGUUGUAAUACAAUAAUUGUAAGAUUUUCAUACGUCUGUUUUUAGGCAUAUUUAUUUAUAAAUCAUACAAAAACAAUAUUGAGUUAUAACAAAAUAAAUUAUUUAUAUUUUUUUAUAUAAAAUGUUUUUUGUAAUUAAAGGGAAUAUAUUAUUUCCG